AAAGUACGCUUAUGGUAGCACUGGUUGAUUUCAAUUUACACUUGGAUUUUUUCUCAGAAUCGCCGCAUCAGUUGAAAGUCCACAAAAUUCAAAUUGAGUCCGGCUCGGAGUAACCGUAGCAACGUCACCGUAAGGGCUGAAAGGGCUGAGAAAAAAAAAAUUAGGAUUCAUGAAACUCUCUUUUUAGUGUCCACCAAAGCCUUUUUUGUUUUUAGAAUAAAAUGAUAUUAAUAACUCUGGUUGUUUUACUUUUAUGUUCUGGUCUAUGUUUUGCUAAAGAAAAACCCGGUAAAUAACAUCCAAAACUACCGAAAAAAGAUUAGGUUUUAUUUAUAAAUGAUACGUAGUUGUAUUGUGGCACGGUAUGGGAGAUGAUUGUUGCAACCCCGAAUCGAUGGGUAGAGUGAAAAACCUGUUGGAAUCACGUUUGCCUGGAACUUUUAUUUAUAGCGUGCGUGUGGGAGAUACGGUGGAUAGUGAUCAUAAGGCAGGGUUUUUUGGUAAAAUUGAUGAACAAGUGGACAAACUAUGUGAGGAAUUAUCGAUUAUACCCGAAUUAGCAAACGGUUUUAACGCCAUUGGAUUUUCUCAGGGUGGAUUAUUUUUAAGAACAUAUGUGGAACGCUGUAAUAAACCAAUGGUUCAUCGCUUGAUUACGUUUGGAUCACCACACGGAGGCGUAUCAGAUAUUCCGAACUGCAUGAAUGAGAGAGAUUUUUCAUGUAAAUUAAUGAGAUCCAUGGUCAGAGGUGGAGUGUAUUCAAAUUAUGUUCAAAAUCGGGUGAUCCAAGCACAAUAUUUUAGGGAUCCGUAUAAUGAAAAGGGUUAUCUCGAAAAGAAUCGAUUUUUACCUAAUCUUAAUAAUGAAAUCAGCAACAAGAAUCAAAUGUACAAGCAGAACCUUGCUUCUUUAGAUAAGCUUGUUUUAAUAAGAUUUAGCCUGGAUGUCAUGAUUAAGCCUGGACAUACUGCAUGGUUUUGGGUCGAUGACAAAGAUAGCAAUCUAAUAGAGUUAAGGAAUCGUACACUAUAUAAGGAAGAUUGGCUUGGAUUAAAGUCUCUUGAUGAUAAUAAACGCCUAGAAUUUUUAGUUUGUCCAGGGCAGCAUAUGCAAAUAAGCGAUGAAUAUUUGGACGAGAAAGUGAUUCAACCUUAUUUAAUUGAGCAAAAGAAAGAAAUGUUGUUACAUCUGAUUAAACAAGACUAAUACAUUUUCUGACAUUUCGUAGGGCAGUCCUUUUCCUAUAAAUUUCCCCUCAAAAUAUUUUAUUUCCCUUUUUUUUUUUUUCUUCUCUUUAUCUUUGUAAAAUUAAAAAAAAAAAAUUAUCAUGAAAGUA